AAUGUGCAAGGCAGCAAGGUUUAUGUAGACAACAUGGCGUAGAAAUCUAUUGACUGCAUUGCUCGAAAUUUCUCAAGCAGGGAAGUCUGGCUUUGUAAGUCGAUCAGUUCCAGUUGGUGUCUCUCCUCAGCAGCAACAGUAAUUAUUUCGAAAUUUGCUGCUCUGUGACUCAUUUAGUUUUGAAUGGUGAUUUUCACCAACAUCGUCCAUUCGUUUUGCAGUUGUCAUGCCAGAAAGGCUGACAUCUUCAAAUGCAUUUUUUUUAAAUCUGAUUUUUAUUCCAUCACUGGUAGCAAGCACUUUUUUUAUAUUUCAUUUCUCUUCUUUAAAUGUGAGCAACUCUAUAGCCUCCAUAACAGUCGACUCAUUUUCUUGACUUCUUGAAAUGUUAUCAGCACAAAGAGAUGAUGAUGACAGUCAAUAUCUUCUUGUAGCUAAGCUGGACAAUGCUCGCAAUGUUUCAAAUAUACUGAAAGCCAUUCACUUUAAAGAUAUAGCCACAGUCAUUGCCAGCCCACUGGGACUAAAAGUGACAGUGGAAGAUGCAAAGUGUGUCCAGGCCAAUGCUUUCAUUCAGGAAAGUAUCUUUCACCAUUACCACAUCAAAGAGGACCAACUGGCUUUCAAAAUUAACCUUACUGUUUUACUGGAGUGUCUAACCAUUUUUGGGAGUAGCGCUACUACACCAAGUGGGAAUACUACUUUAAAAAUGUGUUAUGCUGGAUAUGGUUGUCCACUCAUACUUAUGCUAGAAGAAGAUGGAGUACUGACAGAUUGUAGCUUGAAAACUCUAGAACCAGAUGAAGUAUUAGACUUUGAUUUCUCCAGUGCUAAUGUUGUGAAUAAAAUCAUAAUGAAGAGUGAAUGUUUGAAAGAAGUUUUCAGCGAGCUAGACACCACUAGUGAAGUACUGCAGAUACUGAUAUCCCCUGACCAGCCCUAUCUACAGUUCUCUACAUUUGGUAAUGCUGGCAGCACCCAUUCCUCCUUUCCAAAAGAUUCAGAAAUGGUGGAAUCUUUCCUCAGCAAUCAAACUCAAACUAAUCGUUAUAAAAUCAGUCUUCUGAAACCAUCUGUGAAGGCACUGAAUUUGUCAACUAGAAUCUCAAUAAGGACUGACAGUAGAGGAUUUCUUUCAUUACAAUACAUGAUUAAAACGGAAGAUGGACAAAUUUGUUUUGUUGAAUAUUAUUGUGCACCAGAUGAAGAAAUUACUGAUGACCCAGAAACUUAACUUCUUUGUUGUUGUAAAUGUUGUAUUGAUAUUGUUAAUGUUAUUUUCUUGUAAAUAUGAAGAUACACUAUGUAAAAAAAAUACAAAAGAAAAAGAU